AUGUUAAAGUAAUAAUAAGAUAAGGAAAUUAGCACUACUGAGUAAUAAGAUAUUAAAUUAAUAGGUUUUUAGUCACUUUGAAUACAGUCUUAAGAUAUACAAAACAUUGAAGCAACAACAAAAAAGAUUUAAUGAGGGAACAUAGUCUAAAUUUCGUAUUGAAAAGACUAAGGUAUACAGUUUAACAUUUCUUACUAAGGUUAAGGAUAGAGCCAUUCGCUUUUCAAUAUAAUAAUAUCUACCAAUUCGUGAAGUUGAGAUUUAAUUGUAUGUGUCAAGUUGA